UCACAUAGGUUUUAAAUACCUAGAUUUCUUCUCAGAAAAUAUUAUACCUUACAAGCAAAAUCAAAUGCAUUAGACAAAUUCUGUAAAACAAAUACAUUGAGAGGAACUGUUGUUUGUAUAUUUUCCGGAAGGACCGAGAGGGUUACAUGGAAAACAACACUUACUGCUAAGUCUACUGGGCAUGUCAAAAGCCUUAGCAUGAUGGAAACCCAACUUAUUGGAAUUAAAUGAAUACCACCUCCUAUCAGCCAAAUGCCAUACUGAGCUUUGUUGAAGCCCAAAUUAUAAAAUUUUAAAAAUGGAUCCUAAUUCCCAUGACACACACACCCUACAAUGUCCCAAGUCUGAGAACCAUUAUUGCCUUGUGACCUCAUAAUGGACUCCAGAGUGUCCCGUGUGAUUUUUUUUUUUUUAAGAAAGGGGAUUGAACUCAGGACCUUGUGAUUGCAAGGAAGGCACUCUCACCACUGACUUAAAUCUCCGCCCCCCCAUGUCACUUUUGCUGAGACUUCCAUGGUCAGUUUUGCUUCUGUUCAAGAGCAUCCCAUGGCCAAGAGAGUUGCAGUGAUUGGAGCUGGAGUGAGCGGCCUGUCUUGUAUCAAAUGCUGCUUGGAUGAGAACCUGGAGCCCACCUGCUUUGAGAGAAGUGACGACUUUGGGGGGCUAUGGAAGUUUACUGAAGAGUCCAAAGAUGGGAUCACCAGGGUCUAUAAAUCAUUAGUAACAAAUAUCUGCAAGGAAAUGUCAAGUUAUAGCGACUUUCCUUACCAAGAAGAUUAUCCCAAUUUCAUGAACCAUGGGAAAUUUUGGAACUAUCUCCAAGAAUACGCUGAACACUUUGGUCUCCUCAAAUACAUUGAGUUCAAGACUACUGUGUGCAGCAUAACGAAGUGUCUAGACUUCUCUGAAACUGGGCAGUGGGAUGUUGUCACAGAGACAAAAGGCAAGCAGAACAGAGCUGUCUUGGAUGCUGUCAUGGUUUGCACUGGACGUUUCCUGAAUCCAAAUUGACCUUUGGAGUUCUUUCCUGGAGUCCAUAACUUUCAAGGACAGAUCCUGCACAGCCAAGAGUACAGGACCCCAGAAGCCUUCCAGGGCAAGCGCGUCUUGGUGAUUGGCCUUGGGAACACAGGAGGGGACAUCGCAGUGGAGCUCAGUCGAACAGCAGCUCAGGUAUUUCUUAGUACUAGAACUGGCACCUGGGUUAUAGGACGCACUUCAGAUGAAGGCUACCCUUAUACUAUGAUAUCAACAACAAGAUGCAAUAAUUUGGUUGCACAAGUUCUGCCUUUAUGUUUGCUAAACUGGAUUCAACAGAGGAAGCUGAAUAAAAUCUUUAAUCAUGAGAAUUAUGGCUUAAGCAUUAUGAAGGGGAAAACAUCAAAAUUUAUUGUGAAUGAUGAGCUGCCAACCUGUAUUCUCUGUGGGACAAUCACUGUGAAAACCAGCGUGAAGGAGUUCACAGAGACCUCUGCUGUCUUUGUAGAUGGGACAGUGGAAACAAAUAUCAAUACUGUGAUCUUCGCUACAGGAUAUACAUUUUCUUUUCCCUUUCUUGAAGAACCUCUCAAAAGUCUUUGUACAGAAAAAUUGUUCCUGUACAAGUGGGUCUUUCCCCAAAACUUGGAAAAAAUGACAUUGGCGAUUAUUGGCCUAAUCAGUCUCACUGGGUCCAUCUUAGCAGCCACAGAGCUCCAAGCACGGUGGGCCACAAGAGUCUUCAAAGGACUCUGUAAGAUACCUCCAUCGCAGAAAUUGAUGGCUCAGUCUAUCAAGAAGGAGCAGCUCAUUAAAAGGGGUGUGAUCAAAGAUACCAGUCAAGACAAACUCAACUACAUCAGCUACAUGGAUGAGCUUGCUGCGUGCAUAGGCGCAAAGCCCAACAUCCCGUCUCUGUUCCUCAAGGACCCCAGACUAGCUUGGGAAGUUUUCUUUGGCCCAUGUACCACUUACCAGUACCGACUCGUGGGCCCUGGAAAAUGGGAUGGAGCCAGAAAUGCCAUCCUGACCCAGUGGGACAGGACUAUGAAACCUUUAAAAACCCGAAUUGUUGCUGAUCCCCCCCAGCCUGCCUCCAUGUCACGUUAUUUUAAAGUUUGGUGGGCACCUGUCCUAUUUGCCUCUCUUCUACUAAUCUGUAGGUCUUCACUUUUUAAAUUCAUAAAUAAUAUACAAAAUAGAAUUUCACCUUACUUAAUUCUAUUAUUUGGAUAUGUCCCCAGAAUUCCUGUGUUGGCAACUGGUCUCCAGUAUGGCAGUGUACGGAGGUGGAACCUAAAUGUAGAGUGUAGGGAGGUUUUGGGUCAUAGUGACUCCACCCACAUGAACUGAUGAACGUUACACUCACACAACUGGAUUCCAUCCUAGGUAUUGUUAUAGUAACAAAAA